UCACAUCGUUUACAAUUACUAGUCAUUGUUUCCUCUUUAUUAAUAACAUAAAGAAUCCAAUCAAAGAUCUCUGCCAAUUUCCAUCUAUCUUUUUUGAGGGCGAUUGACUUGGACUUUGUGAUUUAACUUGUACACCUGAUUAUAUGGAGGAUGCCCUUGAUUUAAGUAAGGAUGGUGCAGACUCCAUUGAACUUCCAACAUCUAAUGGUCCUGGUGGUGAAAAUGAGAAUGUAAACAAUCAUAAUACUACUAACCAGGAACCUAGUGAUUGUGAGGUCAAAGAAGCCCAGUUGAAUGGGGAGAUCGCGGUGACUAAUCAAUCCGGACAUGCUUCAGCUGUUAGUUUGACUGCAAUGCAAGUUAGUGUUGAAGUAAGUUCUACAAUUAUGGAAACUAAAGUUUCAGAAUUUGCUGAAAAUGGUUCCACAGUUCAAGAUGGAAUUCAUCAGAUAAAUGGAAGUCCUAUCACCAAUAGUGAGAUAGAUGCUGUAUCUGGUAUUAAGAGACCCCGAAAAUCUGUUGAUGAACAGCAAGCUUCAGUCCAUGUCACUUAUAAUUCAAUUACAAGAGAGAGUAAACGGAAGCUUGAAGAGUUUUUACAGAAGUGGUCGGAAUGGCAUGCUCGACAUCCUUCAAAGGAUCCAGAGGUUGAGCUAGAAUCUGGUGAAGGCACCUAUUUUCCAGCUCUUACUGUUGGUCCGGACAAACCUUCUUCAGUGUCAUUCUGGAUUGAUGGCCAACCUAGGAAUUUACAGAACAAAGAAAUUAUGGCGUUGGAUAACAGUUCAAUCCCACUCUAUGAUCGUGGAUAUUCUUUUGGCUUAACAUCGACAGAUGGUUCGAGUAACCUGGAUGGAGGUUUGGAACUAGUGGAUGGUGCUCGCUGCUUCAAUUGUGGCUCAUACAACCAUGCGCUUAAGGAAUGCCCAAAGCCUCGUGAUAAUGCAGCUGUUAAUAACGCUCGUAAAGAACACAAGACUAAGCGUAAUCAGAAUGCAAUGUCUCGAAACCCGACGCGAUACUAUCAAGACACUCCUGGGGGCAAGUUUGAUGGUUUAAGGCCAGGUGUGCUAGAUUCUGAAACAAAAAAACUUCUGGGCCUUGGGGAGCUCGAUCCACCUCCAUGGCUUAACAGAAUGCGAGAGAUUGGUUACCCACCCGGAUACCUAGAUGCAGAAGAUGAGGAUGAACCAUCUGGGAUUGAAAUAAUUGGUGACGAGGUGGUGGUGGUGGUUAAGCAAGAAACAGAGGAUGGUGAAAUCCUUGAUAUGGAUAUCUCCCCUCCUCAUGCUGCAUCCGAGCCACCUAAACCCGAACUACCCAAGAAAAUGAGCGUUCAGUUUCCAGGAGUGAAUGCCCCAAUUCCAGAUAAUGCUGAUGAAUGGCGAUGGGGAGCAAGGGCUUGGAAGUUUGAUUUACCUAGAAAUAGAUCAUCUGACCAUAGAUCUUAUAAUUCAAUAGAACGUUCAAGUAGAUCUAAUUAUCAUGAAGAAAGGUGGAAUCGGGACUAUAGAGAUGACGGGCCACCUGGAGUUGAACCUGUUAGCGGUUCCUUGCCAUCUAGCUUUUCACCCAGGUACCCUGCAUAUGAUUCUAGAGGCUCAAGUUAUGGCAGGUCUCUGCAUGAUAGAGACAGACGGAGCCCUUUGAUUCGUGAAACAAGUUCGAGCCAUGAUGAUGACCGUUGGAACCCUUACUCGUCAGACUAUUUGUCUCACCGUAAUGAGCGACAUGAAGACCGCCAUCGUCGUAGUUGGAGGUAACUCUAAAAUUGACAUGGGGAUUUUUCUUUAGGGGCAGAAAAGCAUGGAGUGUACAUGUGGUAGACAUCAGUUCGUUAGGAAAGGCGCUUAUGCUUUUAUUAGUUUAGCCUCAGUCCAAGUUUUUUUUUUUUUUGUAAGGCAGUAGCCUGACCAGUCCAAGUAUAUCUGACAAUCCAAGACUCUGAUAACUACAACCAUACCCUUUGAUUAUUGUUCUUGUCGAACUUGCAUUGUAUUUGUUGUAAGUUGUAACUUAUAGCCCUUCAAGUUUUAAUAUGUUGUACACCGCUAUCUUACGGGAUUUGCUUA